AUAAUUGAGAAAUUAAAAAAUUAGGUGAGGAAGAAGUAAAGGAUAAUUGAAAUAUGAAUGGUAACUCGUGCUAUUUCCCUACAUGCGAAGAUGCAAUUGCCAAAUAUAAAAACGACAGCUCAAAUAUAACUUCCUCCCAAAAUGCUUCUCUAGAAAUCCCAUUACGUAAGCAAUAGUUGUCGACCUGCUAUCCCAUAUACCAUUUUUGACCUAGUGAAUAGUACAAUCUUGCAUUACUUUAAAUAGCGAACCUAAAACUUCAGGCUGUGCUGAAUCGAUACCGCAGCCAUUCACGCCCAGGGUAUAGGGUACAGAGUUGGAAAUAUAUUGAUCGCAGCAAACGGGACAAAGCGGAGGGGCUUCAUCUCAGACUGUAGCAUCCAUUCUAUUCUCUAAGCAGCGUUAGCAGCCAACCGGCAAAAUGCCUCAGGGAGAUUAUAUAGAACUUCACAGGAAGCGGCAUGGAUACCGUUUGGAUCAUUUCGAGAAGAAGCGCAAGAAGGAGGCCCGUGAAGUGCACAAGCGAUCUGCUUUUGCUCAAAAGGCUCUUGGUAUCAAAGGCAAGAUGUUUGCAAAGAAGCGUUAUGCGGAGAAAGCUUUGAUGAAGAAAACAAUUGCUAUGCAUGAACAAAAGACCACCAGACGCAAAAUGGAUGAUAAUGUUCAGGAAGGAGCAGUGCCUGCCUACUUACUUGACCGUGAUGCAACAACUCGUGCCAAGGUGCUGAGUAACACAAUAAAACAAAAAAGAAAAGAAAAAGCUGGUAAAUGGGAGGUUCCCCUUCCCAAGGUGAGGCCAAUUGCAGAGGAUGAAAUGUUCCGUGUUGUCCGGUCUGGAAAAAGAAAAACCAAGCAAUGGAAACGAAUGGUUACAAAGGUUACAUUUGUGGGACCUGGAUUUACAAGGAAACCUCCCAAGUAUGAGCGAUUUAUUCGUCCAAUGGGUUUAAGAUUCACCAAAGCACACGUUACUCAUCCUGAACUGAAAUGUACUUUCAACCUUGAUAUCAUCGGUGUGAAGAAAAACCCAAAUGGUCCUAUGUAUACUUCACUUGGCGUGAUCACAAAGGGAUCCAUAAUUGAGGUCAACGUUAGUGAGCUUGGUCUUGUAACUCCAGCAGGCAAAGUUGUAUGGGGAAAAUAUGCGCAGGUGACAAAUAACCCAGAGAAUGACGGAUGUAUCAAUGCUGUUCUGCUUGUGUAAUUUUGAUCAACGCAUUUUUUUAAAAUAUAGAGGCUUUUUCCAAGGGGACCCUUUAAAUUGUAAUGGUCUGAUUAUAUUUUUUGGGUAGGCAGUAGAGAUCUAAAUUGAUGUCCAGAGGUGCAGUCCCUUAAAUAGAAGGGGCCAGUUUUCCCUGUAUAAUUUUGACCGUUAAAUUUUAUGCAUGUAUUAACAAUCUAUGACAAAAUUACUAAAAUGCUAAAGAAAUCUUGGUCUUAACAUUGUAUCUGAAGUUGUGCUAAUGCAAAUGGUCAAUCUUUAUGUCA